AUGCAGCACGUCGACCCCCACCUUGUCAAUACUGACCUCCAAGCCCGAGUUGACUAUCUUGCCAAAUUUAUUGAAUUCGGUCCUGAAGACGUGGAAGCACUACAUAAUGCAACCCCCGUUGUGAAGCCGCUCGUUGGCGCCGCGGUUGAUGCUGUUUAUGAAAAAUUGUUCUCAUUUGAUAUCACCCGUACAAUUUUCAUGACACGGCACACUGGUUUUACAGGGCAGCUUGCAGAGAAGCUUGAGGACAUCAAUCAUAACUCGGAGCAGAUCAAGUUCCGAAAGGAUUUUCUCAAAGUGUGGGUCGUUAAAGUAUUUACUGCCGACUACAGUGAUCCAAAGACUUUCGAAUAUCUCGACCGAGUCGGUAUUAUGCACACUGGGAAAGCUGGAUUUAAACACCGUGAGAAGAAAGACCCUUUGUUUGUUGAUUACGCACAUUGCGCUAUUCUCCUCGGCUAUGUCCAGAGUAUGCUUACUUCCGCAGUCAUGGCUCGCGAUGAUCUCUCCGAUGAAGUAAAAACCGCCACCCUGCUUGCGAUCAAUAAGGUCAUGUGGAUACAAAACGACUUGUUCGCCCGACACUAUAUCCCGUCUUCAGGCUCUAAAGCACCCGCCAAGACCCUUGGAGUCGACGGACGAGUAUGGCCAGCAAUAUGUGGUGGUUUGGCAAUUACGCUUGCGUACUUGUUGUGGGCGUAG